AUGGCUGACGGAGAGCUAUCGAGACAAUUGGCCAGCUCCCAAAUCCUCGACUGCAACUUCGACAAAGAUUUUUGUUCAUGGACGCAAGAUACGACUGAUCAAAAGGACUGGGCACGACAGGCCAACGGAACAGCUACUCAAGGGACAGGACCAAGCCAGGAUCACACUUCUGGGCAUGGAUAUUACGCCUACUUGGAGACGUCGACUGGUUUCCGAGGCAGUUCUGCACAGUUGAUCAGUCCGAAAAUCACUGUUGGAACGGGAAAAGCCUGCUUAACAUUUUGGUAUCACAUGUAUGGACCUCAUGUUGCUGACUUAAAUGUCUAUGGUCCUACAAACAAGAUUAUAUGGAAUCGUAACGGGAACCAGAACAAUAUUUGGAAGCAGGCCAGCGUGGAUGUGUCUGCCGGUUCCAGUUUUUCUAUGUAA